GAAAAACCUAACCACAUGUAUUGGUUUAAUUAGUUGCCUAUUUGAGAACAAGUUGCUCUUCACUCCAAAAACAGAGAACAAGAGAGAUAAAAACACAAACAAGAAAAUGAGUUUCUUAUUACUAAGUUUCCUCUUCCUUCUCUCUUUAUUCUUCUUUCAAAAGUUUUCACCUUCAAAAAGGAAUCUUCCUCCGGGACCUAUAGGUCUUCCCAUCGUAGGAAACUUGCACCAGCUUGGAAAAUUGCUUUAUAAAUCUCUUCACAAUCUCUCCUUAAAACAUGGACCCGUGAUGCUUCUCCGUUUCGGUGUCGUCCCUGUGGUCGUGUUAUCCUCCAAGGAAGCAGCUAAAGAAGUCCUCAAGACGCAUGAUCUAGAGACUUGUACCCGACCUAAGUUGGCCGGUUUGAAGUUGUUUAGUUACAACUUCAAAGACAUUGGGUUCACUCAGUAUGGUGAGGAAUGGCGAGAGAUUAAAAAGCUUGUUGGACUCGAGCUAUUUAGUCCCAAAAGUCAAAAGGUUUUGAAGUAUCUCAAAGUGGAAGAGAGUGACUUGCUGGUCAAGAAAUUAUCAAACUCUGCUCAAACAGAAACCCUAGUUGAUUUGAAGAAAGCCCUAUUCUCCUUCACCGCCGGGAUCAUAUUUAGACUCGCCUUUGGACAUAACUUCCAUGAGUGCGAGUUCAUAGAUAUGGAGGAAGUAGAAGAGAUGGUGACAGAACUAGAGACCAACGCAGGCGCUUUGGUAUUCACUGACUUCUUACCCACGGGUCUUGGAUGGCUUAUAGACCAGCUUUCCGGUCAGCAUUCAAGGAUGAACAAAGGCUUUUCCAAACUUACAAGUCUCUUCCAACAUGUGAUCGAUGAUCAUUUAAAGGUUUCACAACCUGAGGAAGACUCAGACCUCGUCAGUGCCAUGUUGAAUAUGGUUAAUAAACCCACCAAAACUGGUUCUUUGAAGAUCACUAUCGAUCAUCUCAGAGGAGUCAUGUCAGAUGUAUUUUUGGCGGGAGUGAACGCGGGAGUAAUCACUAUGAUAUGGACAAUGACAGAGCUAAUCAGACAUCCGAGAGUUAUGAAGAAACUCCAAGAAGAGAUACGAACAACACUCGGAUCCAACAAAGAGAGAAUCACAGAAGAAGACCUAGAGAAAGUUGAGUACAUGAAGCUAGUGAUCAAAGAAUCAUUCAGAUUACAUCCACCUGCUCCUCUCUUGCUCCCAAGACAAACAAUGUCGGACAUCAAAAUCCAAGGCUACAACAUUCCUAAGAACACCAUGAUCCAAGUCAGCACUUACGCGAUAGGACGUGAUCCACAAUGUUGGAAGAGCCCUGAAGAGUUCAUUCCCGAGAGGUUUUUAAAUACAUCUAUCAACUACAAAGGUCAGCAUUUUGAGUUCUUGCCCUUUGGAGCUGGUCGUAGGAGCUGUCCCGGGAUGGCCUUGGGAACCACCAUUGUCGAGCUUGGCCUUCUUAACCUUCUUUACUUCUUUGAUUGGAGUUUGCCCGAUGGAAUGAAAAUUGUAGACAUUGACAUGGACGAAGUCGGAUCUUUAAACAUCGCCAAGAAAGUGCCUCUUGAGCUCGUACCAACUCUUUAUCGUUUCUAAACAAUAAUAUAUAUACAAGACCUGAUUUGUAUAUUUUAUAUUUUAUUUCGUUUUUGUUCUACGUUUAUUCUAGAUGGCUUGUAUUUAAAGAAAGUAUAUAUUCAUGUUCAUAAUGCUUAUAUCUUCACUGAAACUUGUACUAUUCUAAAUUUGAAAAUUUCUCCCCUUCCCCCUCCCACAUUGAAUGAUUGAAGUGG